AUGGAAAACUUAAACUUUUGGGUUAUACAGGCUUCGGAACAAGCAAGUUCGACGGCGCUUCCCGGUACUUCAAAAUGGAUUUCUACCGAGAUGUCAGAGUUCAGCUCCUUGGUUUGUUUACAAUCAAAAUCUUUUGAAGAGUCGGUCUACAACAACUUAAACUGGUUGAAUGAUCAGGUGAAUGAAAUUAUUUACUUUGACGAUAAUUUUGAUUCGAAUAACGAUCUGGCCAGUAAAAUGACAUUGUUAUUAAAAUCACCAAAGAAAUCACCGGUGAGGUUGGAGGAUCAGAGAAUCGGACUGGAUGAAAGUAACGAGGAAAAUGGUACGCAAAAACAGUUGCAUCCUGUACAUUUGGAUUUCAAUAAAAAACCAGAACUCACUACUACCACAAGAAGCACAAGUAUCGAUCUAGAGAAGUACGUGGCCAACCAAAAAUCGGAACCCAAAAAGAAGAAGUCGUCCAUCGCUAUCAAUCCCUUGUAUCUAACAUCUCCUAUUGCACUCAAAGUUUCAAAUUUCCAAAGAAAUGAUGAAAAUGUCAAACUUAAUGAAAAAGUUCUUGAAGUUGAAAAUAAUGUACCGUUAGUCGAAGAAUCCGCCAAAGGCAAUCGGAAAAGUGAUGAACAAAGAAAAUCUAAGUCAUUCACUCCACUUCCAUCGAGACCUCCUUUGACUGUCAAAAAAAAUGGAGCAGCUCUUACAAAAACUUCUUCAAACUCAAAGCAUAUCACAGGUAAAGCAAGCCGCGCUAAUACCAUCAAAAGGACAAUACAUAGAAUCAGAGAAGAGAGGUCAAUAUCGCCUAUCAGAACAAACAAAAGAAGCGCGAGCCCUCUGAGGACUAUUAGUUCAGUAUCUUCUGCCAGUACUAAAAAACAGGCUGAAUCUGUCAAAUCCAAAAAAGAAGGAGCCCCUAAAGAUUCUAAAUUGGAGCUAACAUCAACCACAACUUUAAAUCAUGCAGAUAAAAACGAUCAAGAACAAACUUCUCCUGGUAUUACCCACUAUUUCUCCAAUGCCAUAAGCAAGGCAAAGAGUAUUUUCAAGCAAACUACUUCACCAGGGACACUAGAAAGAACACAAACAAUAACUUCAAGCUCUUCUUCAAGGUCCAUAGAAUUAUCGAGUAUCAAAUUAUCAGCUGUCAAUCCAUCAAAUAUCAAACCAUCGAAUGGCUCGACAACUACCGUUUCGUCUCAGGGAACAAUUACUAGCUCAAUUGGGACUGUUCUGACUAAUACUAGUGCUGAAAGUAGAUCAGGCGUUGUACUUGCAAGGUUUAUGGCACCUACUGAAUCCAGUCUGGCAAAGUCUGUGAAAGGUGGUGCUGAUGGUGGUGCUGAUGGUGGUGCUGAUGGUGGUGCUGAUGGUGGUGCUGAUGGUGGUGCUGAUGGUGGUGCUGAUUAUCAAAAUCAGCGUGAUCAAUCGAACCCAACAAAAAAAAAGGCUGCCAAAUUUGUUAAUAAAAGUUCAACUCUCACAAAAACAAAACCAAAAAUUGGUAUUGGAUUAAAAUCUUCUAGUAUCGGCCAUAAUCCUGUAUCCAGUUUAUAUCCACAAUUAUCACCAAACAAGCUACAGGCAUCUGUCAAAUCCAAUUCUGGUAACUCUCUCACUAAUUCCGCGAAGACUAAGACUCAAUAUAGUUCUUUGAAGCAUAAAUUGAACAAUUUGCAAGGCUCAGGUACAACAAAAAUCCAAAGUCCUUUAAGAAAUGUCACUGAGUUAUCGGCAUCAACAGCAGCUCGAGCAAAGAGAAAAUUGAGUGCUGAAGAGAAUUUGCAUGAUAAUGACGACAAUAAAAUCGAAAAAAAGCGCAAGACCAAUAGUCUGGAGUUCAAGAAAGUGGAUAUCAAUCAAUUUAAGACUCCUAUUUCGGAGCAAAUCAAAAAGGAGAGUCUAUUAAACUCUAUCAAGAAAAAGAGUGAUAUCACUAGAUUAUCAUUUAACAAGAACUCGGGAGACCUUAUUGUUUCUGGUCAAAAUACGCCUGCCAAGAAAAGUCAAAGGGUCUCUAAUGAUAUUAUUAAUACCGAGACGCCUAAUCAACCAAAAUUUAAUGGCUCACAACUUAUGAAAUCGACAUUAAUAAAAAAUGCUGCAAUUUCUUCUGCUUCGUCUAGCACUGAUAAUAACCAUGAAAGAAUUAACCCACCAAUCAUGUUGACCCCAAAUAACUCAUUUAUCCACCCUGGUAAAUUAUCCUCAUCUUCAUUCUCCUCUCUGACGCCAAAGCAAAAACCCCUUUUAGUAAAGAAGAGUCGUCAUGCUAGUCCCAAGACCGUAUUGCCAGAAAUUUAUUCAGACUCUUCAGAUGAUGAAGAUCCAAGUGUCUUAAAAAGCUGGGCAAACUCUCCUGAAUUAAAAUCUUUGUUGAAAACCCAGCAAAAGGUUGAUCCUGACAAUCUUUUUGGGCCAAUUGGGAAAUUGAAUUUGGAAGAAAUUUUCAAAAGUCAUGACGCAAAUACUAGAUCUAAACAUUUUGUUAGAAGCUCUUCUGCUAGGUGGGAUGAAAAUGAUAGGCUAACUCGUCAAGAGAUUGAGAGCUACAAAUUGGAGAUGGGCUACAAAAAGUGA